AUGACAAGACAAUACCCCCAACACCAGUCAAUCACGACGCCCCUUUCAUCGCGAGAAAAGGGCGAUUGGGGUUACAAGCGGCCAUUCCCCUUGAAGUCUACGAUGACUACGUCCACGCCUCUGAUUCGAGUCAAGAAUAUCGAUUCUGUCGAAAACGUCACCGACUUCGCGUCGGCUGCAGACCAUUCCCUGUCUUUGGAGAAGUUCCAGGAGCUCCAUGUUGCCAUGUCGGUACCACGAGUGAAGGGUGCUGCAGGAGAGACGAGAGCCGCAUCUAUGUGGCCCAAGUCCGUCUUCGAAGAGGAUCAUGACUCUACCGACCCUCAAGGUCGACAGAGCGACGAGCAACGAUGGAAAUUCAAAGGGCCAUGGCUAGCUAGGAUGGGCGAAGGCGACUUUUCCCGAUACCUGAGUAAGACGGUUCACCCAAAACGCGCCCAGUUUCGAGCACUUCUGAAGCGCAAGCUCGCCGAGGAUAUCACCACAAGUCAGAAGAAGGCGGCCAUGGAAAAAGGUACACCGGCACCUCCCAAGGUGGAACCGCGCGACAUUACAGAAGCACACUUUUCAGAGUAUUUGCGAACUUUGCGCCAUGAUCGGGCUACACUCUAUAGUUUGGUUUCCAAGUUCCUGGAUUUGGCGCCACUAGCUGCACCUAUUGGGGUCACGGGCAUUUUCGCGCCGCCCACGAAAUCCGAAAGUCCCUAUGGCAAGUCGGGCCCGCCGCCCAGCCAUCCAUCCGCAGGCAUUAGCUACUUGCGAACCAAUUCUUACAUGGAGAACCAUCCAGUCUAUGGACCUCAGGCCCGACGCUCACCUGCCUUGGCGAGAGUGGUGUACCCACGAGCCGGCUACAAACCGGCCAAACUUGGUGUCGGCGGCUUCGUCGCCGAUGUUCCUAUCGGUGACAAUGAGUUUAACAUUCGUUUCGGCCGAGGCAGAACCCAAGCCAACAAGAUGCUCAACGGCAUCGCUCAUCUCGACACUACCACAUAUGGUGGCGCUAAGGCGUAUAUUGAGCCUCAAACCGCGACUGUAGACCCCAGCGGAAAAGUUCAUUUGCAGCUUCGCGAAACGCACCCCGAGGCUCAAGUCAUUGCUAAAGAGAGCAAGGGCCUGUCGCGCAUUUAUGACGAUAGUGAGACGAAGGCAAAGCAGGCAACCCCAAGCCGAGGAAAAAAGGGCCAAGCCCGACGGAUGGAGAGAAUUGCGGAUGAGAUGUUGAGUGAAUCUCCACAGACUCAGAGCUGA